UCUCACUGCAUCUCGACUUCUCAUGAUAAGGUAGGAUUCAAAUCUGACGUUGCACUCAUAAAAUUACUCACGUCCAACGUCAAGGCUGGCCACAUCUUCGUCCCUUCUGUCCAAUUCCCUCUUAAUCACUCUCAUUUGCUUGAUUUAUACAUAUAGAAACGUUUGAAAGGGGCAAAGUCGGGACUGAGAUAUAGAAACGCAGCCCGCCAUGGCUCAUCCCAACGUCUUCCUCUGGGCUCUCGACACUCGAAGUCUCUGGCCCGAAGCCAGCAACACCAAGGAUCUCCCCAAAUACGCCCAGCGCGCCCUCGCCCUGCUCUCCCCAGAGGAACAAUCCGCCGUCCUCAAAUACUACUUCGUCAAAGACGCAAAGCUCUCCCUCGCAUCCGCCCUCCUCAAACGCCUCGCCAUCUCCCGCUACUGCCGCAUCCCCUUCCGCUCCGCCACCGCCGUGCGCGACGCCCGCACAAAGCCCGUCUUCCUCCUCCCCUCAGGCGAAGAGCCUCUCCUCUUCAACGUCACCCACCAGCACGGCGUCGUCGUCCUCUUCGGCGCCUACAAACCUCCCCCCGGUGUCGCCAUCGGCACCGACAUCGUCUGCCCCGGCGAGCGCCGCGACCGCGACGUCAAGCACAUUCAGACUCAGGGCUGGCCGUCCUUCAUCGGCAUGCACUCCGAGGUCCUCAGCCCGCUCGAGGUCAGUCGCAUGUGCGGCCUUCCCUUUCCCUUGCACCAGCCCCAGAAGCUGCUCGACUACUUCUACGCAAACUGGUGCCUUCGCGAGGCCUACGUCAAGAUGACCGGUGAAGCCCUCCUCGCUCCGUGGCUGCACGACCUGGAGAUGCGCUACUUUGCUCCGCCGGGAGAAGUACCGCCUGAGGGAGCGGAUAAGACGCUCGAGGUGUGGUUCAAGGGUGAGAAGCUGACGGAUGUCGAUGUUAAGCUGGACUGGGCGCUUGGAAACGAGUACAUGAUUAGUACGGUGGUGAGGAGGGGAGAGAAGGGAGAGGGAUUAGAUGUUCCGGAGCCACAGAGUUUGGAUUUGGAGGAGACGCUGGCGAGUGCGGAGGCAUUGUUGGAGGAGCUGGGCGAGUGAACUUUUGGAUGAUUGGGUAUGUUAUGUUUUAUGAAUCAAGAUGGAAUACAAGAGAGGUGGAAUAGAUGAAUGCAUCAUGACAAGAUACGGACAGGACAGGGACAAGCGGGAUUACAAUUACUAAACAAGAUGGUUACAUUCACUAGAUACGAAAGAAUCUUUAUUUCCUUCUUCUGUUUAUGUGAUUAACCUGUGCUCUAGAUCCGUG